AUGUUGAUGCUCACCCCUUGCCUCCCAUUCCUGGUCCCCCCCCCCACCCCCCAACAGAACAACGAUAAUGAGACCCCCCUCCACUGUGCCGCCCAGUACGGCCACACCCAGGUGGUGCGUCUGCUGCUGGAGGAGCUGACCGACCCCACCAUGAGGAACAACAAGUUUGAGACGCCGCUGGACCUGGCCGCACUCUAUGGCCGGCUGGAGGUGGUCAAGCUGCUGCUCACCGCCCACCCCAACCUUCUCUGCUGCAACACCAAGAAACACACGCCGCUGCACCUGGCGUCACGCAACGGACACCUGGCCGUGGUGGAGGUUCUGCUAGCAGCCGGCAUGGACAUCAACUACGAGGUGAGGACUGAGGAGAGCACUCGGUCUGUUGUCUCUCCUGCAUGCUCAAUGAUCAGUUUCAGUGUGUUGGUGUGAGAGUGUCCAUAAUAAUAUUUUGUAUAGUAAUAUUUUGUAUAAACACGAUGUAUGUUGUGAUAGUGUCAAAUUAUGUUGGAUCAUUGAUGGCUUCAUCUGCUGUUUGCAGCAUUUAGGCCUACAUAUACUGAUAGACUCUUGAUACAAACCUCUUGAGCUCUUUUAUUUAGGCUAAAGAAACAGUUUUAAUGGGGGCUUUUGGCACUCUCCACUUCUUAUACCAAACUGUGCCAUCCAUCUGUCGUGUCCAACCUACACUCCCCUCCUCUCUGCUCUAUAGCAGGUCUGGGCCAAUGUCAAGUGUCCUUCAGGCUCUGCUUCCUGCAGGUUUCCAUUAGCAUGGUGCUACGAGUAGGAAAAUGAUCUAAUUUGAUUCCUCAACCAAAUAAUUGUCCAUAGCAAAACAUGCAGGGGUGGCGUUCUGCGGGGUAUAAAUAACUCGUCAAACUUCUAUUUCACGCAGGUCAACCCUGCCCUGUGUGUUCAGGAAGUAUCCUGCAGGUUUAGCAUUAAGCUGUAUGUCCUAGCUGACCAAGAUAAGAGGAGUGGAAUCAAAGUCAAAGCAGUGAGGUGGUGUAGAUACCUGUUCCUCUCAGCAGGGAGGGUUAGGGUUAGAGAUCUGACCUCUGCUGUGGUGUAUGUUGCUGGCAGGGAGUCUACUUUGAUGUCUUUACAUGUUUUGUUAUUGCUCAACCUCGCACUGUUUCAAUUAUGGUUUUAUUAUGGUGUGUUUGUUGUGUCUCUCUGCAGACGGAGAAGGGCAGUGCCCUCCAUGAAGCAGCUCUCUUUGGGAAGACUGACGUGGUGCAGAAACUGCUGAGUGCAGGUCAGACACUGAUGCCUACAAGACACAACACAACACAUUUUUAUAACAGCCGAAUAAUGCAGAUAUAUGGCCUAACCCUCUCCUCAGCUGUCACUCCUCUCCUAAUCCCCUGCUCUGUCCUCUGUGUCUCUCCUCAUGUCUCUGUUUGUCCUGCUCCAGGGGUUAAUGUGAACAUGGUGGACGACAAGGGCCUGACAGCGCUGGACACUGUCAGAGAGAUGCCCUCUCAGAAGAGCCGGCAGAUAGCAGCUCUAAUCCUGGGUAAGAAAUACAGACCGAGAUCAAUGGUUCCCUAUGGGAUUUUAAAAAAGGUUACCUUGACCUUACCUUGACCACGAACUGAUUUUUUUUUUAAAAAAAAGUAUGUUUUUAUCUGACUAAUUAUGUUAUGCAAAUGACCUUUUCUUCCCUAUCUCUCCUAAGGUCAUAUGUCAGGAAAUCCCCCUGUUUUAGACUUGCCUCCUCCCCCUGUCCCUCCGCCUAAUGAGAGCCCUAGCCCGAGGACAAAAGGUAUGACAUAGCAAUACAGAAAACCUUAAGUUGAGUGAGCAGUGACAGGAUAAGGUGUUAACACGUAACCACCAGCCAAGGCUGUGUACUGGUGUGAAGCUGUGCAUGUCCAAUAUAUUAAAAUGUGUAUGUGUGUUGUAGGUGAGCUGGAGUUGGUGAGUGAGCUGAUCUCGGGGCUGGCCCCGGGGCCUGAGGAGGAGAGCCCGUAUGAGGCUCUGUUCGAGGCCACCUCCUGUCACUCUCUGGACAGCCUGGCCAGCGGCAAGUCCUCCGACAGGGACUCUGGACGACCUGACAGUGAAGCCGGAAAGGUUGGUCUGGAACUGCCUUACACCACAGAAACACACAACAUGUGA